CCGCUUUAUACCGGUCAACCGCCCAAGCCGUUUCAUUUGAUAAACACGUAGUACUAUUUUCUUAAAGUUUUUAUUUUUAUUAGAGCGUUUCUCUCAAUUCCAAAGAGUACUACUAGUCUAUAACUCCUCUCCAUAAGCCUCCAUAGCCAUUUUCAUAGGUCUUCAGUCUUCUCUCCCUCGAUCAAUUCCAAAAAAAGGUCACAGUACCAGAGGUUUUAGACUCAUCUCAAAAUAGGGUCAUUCAGCAGAAUACAAAUACACAAAACCAGAGCCAAGAAGAAACAAUCAAAACCGCCAUGCCAAGGCGACAAAAAAGACCCUUCUUCUUUUACAUCAAUGGCUUCCAAAAUCCGUGAGAAAACAGGAAAGGGGAUGACCCGGCUUUACAGAAAGAUCGUUCACGUCGAUAUCAGGUUGAAGUUGUUGGACAGGGUGUCCAUUUUUAAGGACUUGCUUAGAUUCAUUUGGGAGAGGAUUCUUUCUUGUUCUAUUGGGAGGCCUGUUAGGUACAGAAGACUCUCUCAGAGGUCUCCUUCUUAUCGUAAUAGUACUUCCCCCGGGAUGGAAUCUUUAGAGUCUGGAAACAUGGGUCAAGAAACAGAGCAGCCCAGUUGUAAUUUUGGUGAAUUUGACGACAGUGAUAGUGAUUCUGAUUUAGUCAGCUUAAAGAUUAGUCUUUUGGGUGAUUGCCAGAUUGGGAAAACCAGUUUUGUGGUAAAGUAUAUAGGUGAUGAGCAUGAGAAAAAGAGCUUGGAUAUGAAAGGACUUAACUUGAUGGAUAAAAUGUUAUUUGUUAGAGGUGCAAGGAUUGCUUUCAAAAUAUGGGAUGUUGGUGGGGAUAUUGGGUCACUUGAUCAAGUUCCAAUUGCUUGCAAAGAUGCGGUUGCAAUAUUGUUCAUGUUUGAUCUUACCAGUCGUUGUACUUUGAACAGUGUGAUCGGAUGGUACACCGAAGCGAGAAAGUGGAAUCAGACUGCAAUUCCCAUUCUGAUUGGGACUAAGUUUGAUGACUUUGUUCAGCUUCCGCUAGAUAUUCAAUGGACUGUCAUCAUUCAGGCAAGGGCAUAUGCAAGGGCAAUGAAGGCAACACUGUUCUUCUCAAGUGCAACCCACAAUAUCAAUGUGAACAAGAUCUUCAAGUUUAUCAUGGCCAAACUCUUUAACUUGCCUUGGACUGUGGAGAGAAAUUUGACUAUCGGUGAACCUAUUAUCGACUUUUAACCAUUUUUUUUACUUUGGGCUUUUCGAAUUUGGACUAGGAUUUCCGCGUAUACGCAACUCUUUUUUGUAAAUACAUAUGUAUAGCCCACCAUUUCUCUUGGUAGAAAUGGGCCGAUGAGAAUGUUCAAUAUCUCUGAAAUGUUGGCUCUUAGCAGACUUUGUAGGUGUCCUUUUUUUUUUCGGAUUUUGCAUAUCCAUUUGUAGAUGCCAUUUCUCUUAUUCCCCUUUCAAUUUUAAUUUCUUAUUAUUUUUUCUAAUAACAUCAAAUUUCUGUUUUUUUCCCCUCUUUAUUAGAGAAGGGAUGUCUCGUCAGUAUUC